AUGGCCGCCCGCAAGCCGCCGCCGCAGCGCCUCGUCCUCGCGCUGGACUGCGACUGCUUCUACGCGCAGUGCGAGACGAGACGAGACCCGUCGCUCGCCGGCAAGCCCGUCGGCGUCCGGCAAAAACACCUCGUCAUCACGAGCAACUACGCCGCGCGGGCGUUCGGCAUCCGCAAGGGCGACUCGCUCGCCGAGGUGAGGCGCAAGUGUCCGCAGAUCGUCAUCAAGGACGGCGAGGACAUUAGCCAUUACACGGAGGUGAGCAACGCGUGGCGGGCCUUCGUGGCCAACUUCGUGGGGAGCAGGUGCCCUGUCGAGAAGUCCGGAUUAGACGAGCUAUUUGUGGACGUCUCCGCGGCGGUCGACGCGCACGGCGCGGGCGGAGCUGGUGAGAUCGGUCACGUCCACGGCGACGACGUCCUCGACGACGCGCGGCUCGCGAGCGCGGCGCGGCUCUGCGACCGCCUGCGCCAGGCGACGAAGCGCGAGCUCAAUUUGGAGACGUCUGCUGGCGUGUCGACUUCUAAAUUGCUGGCGAAGACGGUGGCGGGCCUCCACAAGCCCUUCCAGCAGACCGUCCUCGCUGAUACACCUAGCAAUAGGCGCCUGGUCCUGCCCGACGACCUGCCGCUGCGCAAGGUCUACGGCAUCGGCCACAGCACGGCGCAGCAGCUCGCGUCGGCGGGCGUCGCCACCGUCGGAGACUUGCGCGACUUCUCCGGGCCCUCCUCGAUCUCAGAUAUCGAGCGGCUCCGGGCGCUGGCCCGCGGCGACGACGCGUCCCAAGUCAAGCAGACGGGCGCGCCCAAGUCGAUCGGCGCCGAGGAAUCGUUCUGGACGAGGCCACUGCAAGUGCCGUCCGAGCGCGCCGACGAGGCGCUGAAGCUGCUGGCGCGCAAGCUCGUGCGGAAGCUCGCCGUCGAUCAGAAGGCGCACGGCGCGCGGCCCCUUGAGAACGUCCAGCUCUCGGCGCGCCGCGCGGCCGAGCGGAGCGGGUCGCCGCGGGCCCUGACCUCGACUUUGGCCGAGGGCCCCGCCUCCGCGCAGCGCGAGAAGACGCCGGGCCGCGAGGCCAAGUCGCGGCCGGCGCGCGCUCGCGUGGGAACGCUGACUGACGACGCCGCGUGCGAAGCUUUAGCAUCGAAGCUCGAGGCCGACGCCGCGGCGCUCCUCACGGCCCUCUACCCGCACGGCGCGACGCUGUCAAUUCUCAAUCUCGGCGUGACGCUCAAGACGAUCGACGCGGCGGGCCACGCGGACAUUAGCUCGUUCCUCACGAAGCGCAAGGCGCCCGCGCCUCGACCGCCGCCGCCCGUGCCUGCCCCGGUCGCGCCACCAGCAUCGCCCGGGACCGCGUCGACGACGGGCAUCGACGGCGCCGAGGUGGACCCGCAGACGCUCUCCGAACUACCGCCAGAGAUCCGCGCGGACAUCGAGCGCCAGCUGGCUCUGUGGCGGAAGACGCGGCGGCCGCCCGCGAAGAAGCCGCGGCGCUCGUCCGCUCGGCCCGCGCCACCUCCUCCGGCCGUGGACGAGGCCGCCGUCGCGCAGAUCGUGGCGAUGGGCUUCUCGCGGAAAGCUGCGGUGGCGGCGCUCGAGCGAGUCAAUGGCGACGUCCAGCGGGCGAUUGACGGGCUGCUUGCGUCGUCGUGA